UUUAGUACAGUCAGUCGAAUCUAGACUUCGAUGAGUGAUAGUCGAGCUUGCGCUUAGAAUACUUUACAACUGUUGCGUGUGUUUUUUGUUAUUGUGACGAGUUUUCAUUCAUAAGAAACUUUUGAAUUAUUCGAGUGAGUUCUCAUGCUAUGAGAGGAGAAGUUAGCGAAAUGUCAGCGGCCACUGGAAUAAGACCUUCGAUGAGUUACAGUUCACCUGUGAAAGUUUUCGAGCAAAGACAAGAAACGAAUUCUCCUUGGACUGAGUUUGAUAGUAAUCAUAUGCCUCAUCUUUUUGCUGCAAGAGUGAAAAACGAACCGAUGGACGAUACCAGAAACGAUUCCGGAGUCACUUCAGGAAGUGAUUGUCCGUCAACUUCACCUGCCAGCGACAGAAGCGACAGCCAUCCCAACACCGCAUCCCCAACAAACAUCUACCCCUUACAUCAUUGGUAUCCAAAAACUUCACCAGAAACUCACGCCUCUGAUGACAGAAGUUCAGUAUCGCCCAAACCAGAACUUCCAGCCGACGAAAACUCGACCGAAUUCGACGAAGACGGCAUCAGAGUCCCAAAAGUAAACUCGCACGGUAAAGUAAAAGUUCACAAAUGCAAACAAUGUGAGUUUUACGCUUACACCAAACUGGAAUUCUGGGAACACUCCAGAGUUCACAUCAAAGGCGACAAAAUCCUAAAAUGUCCCAAAUGUCCUUUUGUAACCGAAUACAAACACCAUCUCGAAUACCAUUUGUUGAACCACGCCGGAGCCAAACCGUUCAAAUGCCAACACUGCGACUAUUCCUGUGUCAACAAAUCAAUGCUAAACUCUCAUUUGAAAUCACAUUCGAAAGUUUACCAAUACAGGUGCUCAAAUUGCCACUAUGAAACCAAAUAUUGCCAUUCUUUGAAACUCCAUUUAAGAAAGUACGGACACAAACCCGCCAUGGUUUUGAACCCUGACGGUUCUCCAAACCCCUUGCCUAUUAUCGACGUUUACGGCACAAGGCGUGGGCCUAAAGUCAAGAAAUCUUCAGCCAACGAAUCAAGAACUAAUUUUCCUGAACCUUCGAAUCCAUCGCCGCCACCACAAAUGCCAUUGCUGAUGAAUCCAGCACUUCUUGGACAAAAUCCAAUGAUGCCAUUCCCCUUGCCAUUAUUCCCAGCAGGUUUACCCAAUCCGGAAAUAAUGAUGAACUUCCAAAACUUAUUCAGGGAACGUUUGGAGGAACUUGCCAAACAAAAUCCUGCUCUUGUACCACAACAGCAACAAGAUGAACCUGAGCAUCAGCCUCAACAAAAUGGUGCAUUAGAUUUAACCAACAAGUCUAAUCAUUCUUCAGAAAAUGGUGAUUCUGAAGAUGAUGAAGCAAUGACGAUUGCCUUUGAUAAUGUUGAAGUUGUUGCUAAUGACACAGAAAACACAACUUUGACUCCGGACAAUGUUGAUGAAAAAGCUAAAAACAACAACACCUACGAGUUUGCUUGUCAAUAUUGCGGUAUUUGUUUUGGAGAUGAAGUCAUGUUUAGAAUCCACAUGGGUUAUCAUGGGUAUAGUAAUCCUUUUACGUGCAACAUGUGCGGAGAAGAAUGUCAGAAUAAAGUGAAGUUUUUCUUGCAUAUUGCAAGAGCAGCGCAUUAAGCGCAGUAAUUUUCGAAUUGUGUAUAUAUGUACUUUGACUGAUUUGUAUAUAGUAGUAGUUGUCUUCAAGUCCCCUAGUCACUUAAAUGUGCAAUUAAUUUACUUAAUUAAAAAUUUGUAAUUAUUAUGGUGUUCUACCUCAAAAUAUACCAAAAUUUUUUUGCCAUUGUUUAGUACAAGAAAGUUUGAUCUCUUUUUGUGUGUGUUUUCUAGACUAACAAAAUUCCGUAAAAAAAAUUAAAUUGUGAUUUUUUUUUCUAUUCUUAGUAUUUUGUGUGCCAGUUUGAUUAUAAUAAUAAUUUAAUUUAAUAUUAUGACCAAGACUGAUAAUGUUGAUAUAGGCGUUUUUAGAGCACGAUAAUCAAAAAAAAAAAACUGUAAAUAGCUAUAGUGUUAAGUAAUUUGCAAUUAAUGACUUUUUUAUACGAGCCAAUGAUUAUAUUAUUUAGGAAAUUAAUAUGUAAUUAUUAUAUUUAUAUAAUUAAUUAUCUAUUAAGAAUCACGUAUUUAUUUGAAUGAAAAUAAAGUUUGCCAUA